AUGGCCGCGGGCGCGGAGCGGCGCCUGGGCAGCCUCGCGGUCUUCAGCCGCGACGACUUCGAGGACGACUGGCGCCCAGUGGCCAGCGGCGGCUUCGGCCAAGUGUUCCAGGCGCGGCACAAGCUCUGGCGGACCGAGUACGCCAUCAAGUGCUCCCCCGGCCUCCUGCCGGACGCCUCCAGCUCUGAUGUGAACUGCCUCAUUGAAGAAGCAGCCAAGAUGGAGAAGAUCAAGUUUCAGCACAUCGUCUCCAUCUAUGGGGUGUGCAAGCAGCCCCUGGGCAUUGUGAUGGAGUUCAUGGCCAACGGCUCCCUGGAGAAGACGCUGCCCACCCACAGCCUCUGCUGGCAGCUCAAGUUCCGCAUCAUCCACGAGACCAGCCUGGCCAUGAACUUCCUCCACAGCAUGAAGCCACCUCUGCUCCACCUGGACCUCAAGCCGGGCAACAUCCUCCUGGAUGGUAACAUGCAUGUCAAGAUUUCGGACUUUGGCCUGUCCAAGUGGAUUGAGCAGUCAACCCGGAUGCAGUACAUCGAGAGGUCAGCUCUCCGGGGCACCCUCAGCUACAUCCCCCCCGAGAUGUUCCUGGAGAGUAGCAAGGCCCUGGGGCCCAAAUACGAUGUGUACAGCUUCGGGAUCGUCGUCUGGGAGAUCCUCACUCAGAAGAAGCCGUAUUCAGGGCUCAACAUGAUGGCCACCAUUGUCCACGUGGCCGCGGGCAUGCGGCCCUCCCUGCAGCUGGUCUCCGAUGAGUGGCCGGGCGAGGCCCAGCAGAUGGUGGAUCUGACGAAGCGCUGCUGGGACCAGGACCCCAAGAAGAGGCCGAGAUUUCCAGACAUCACAGUGGAGACAGACAUGCUGCUGUCCCUACUCCAGAGUCCCGUGGCCGACCCAGAGAGCGAGGCCCUGGCCAGGAAAGUGUCCUGCAAGCCGUUGCUGCAGCGGCCCCGGGAGGUCAGUGAGGAGGUCAGCCAGGAGCUGAUGGACAGCGACUCGGGAGACUACCUGAAGCGAGCCCUGCAGCUGUCGGACGGUGAGAGCUCGGUGCCCGGUGACGAGGAGCUGCACAUCUACGAGAACAAGGUCACCCCCCUCCACUUCCUGGUGGCCCAGGGCAGUGUGGAGCAGGUGCGGCUGCUGCUGGCCCACGAGGUGGACGUGGACGCCCAGACGGCCUGUGGCUACACGCCCCUCCUCAUCGCCGCGCAGGACCAGCAGCCCGAGCUGUGUGCCCUGCUCCUGGAGCACGGAGCCGACGCCAACCUGGCUGACGAGGAUGGCUGGGCGCCAUUGCACUUCACAGCCCAGAACGGGGAUGACCGGACGGCCCGCCUGCUCCUGGAGCAUGGGGCCCGCGUAGACGCCCAGGAGCACGAGGGCUGGACGCCACUCCUCCUGGCCGCGCAGAACAACUUUGAGAACGUGGCCCGGCUGCUGGUCUCCCGCCAGGCGGACCCCAACCUGUGUGAGGCUGAAGGCAAGAGCCCCCUCCACGUGGCUGCCUACUUUGGCCACGUCAGCCUGGUCAAGCUGCUGACUGGCCAGGGGGCCGAGAUGAAUGCUCGACAGAGAAACCUGAGGACGCCCCUGCACCUGGCUGUGGAGCGGGGCAAGGUCAGGGCCAUCCAGCAUCUGCUCAAGAGCGGGGCAGCCCCUGACGCCCUCGAUCAGAGCAGCUGUAGCCCGCUGCACACCGCGGCUGCCAGAGGCAAGUACCUGAUCUAGAUGCUGCUCAGGUAUGGGGCCAGCACCGAGCUGCCGACUUGGCAGGGCUGGACACCCCUGCACCUUGCAGCCUUCAAGGGCCACCUGGAGAUCGUCCGCCUGCUGGCUGAGAGUCACGCAGACUUGGGUGCUCGCGGCGACAUGAACUGGACGCCCCUGCACCUGGCUGCCCGCCACGCAGAGGAGGUGGUGGUGUCGGCGCUGCUGCAGUGUGGGGCCAACCCCAAUGCUGCUGAGCAGUCGGGCUGGACGCCCCUCCACCUGGCAGUGCAGAGAGGGGCCCUCCUGAGCGUCAUCAGUCUCCUGGAACACCGCGCAGAUGUCCGGGCCUGCAACAAGGUGGGCUGGACACCUGCCCACCUGGCAGCCCUCAAGGGCAACACAGCCAUCCUCAAAGUGCUGGUCAAGGCUGGGGCCCAGAUGGACGUCUGGGAAGGGGUGGGCUGCACACCCCUGCAGCUGGCCCUCCGAAGCCACAAGCAGGGCACCAUCGCCUUCCUAGAAGGCAAGGAGCCCUCACUGGCCAUUCUGGGUGCUGCUGAGCCUGGAGCUCACGCAGAAGCUUAGAGAACCUGGGCAUCUCCUCACCUGGGAGGAGAGGGGCUGGAGGAAGGGAAGCCAGGCUUCUAGGAGGGCCCCUUGAUCUCUGCGCUCCCCAUCUGCCCCUUCAGCCUCGAGAGGAAGCAGGAUCCUGGUCUCCUUGGUGAUGAGGAAGGGGAAGAAACACCUUUGAGGUUGUAGCUGUGGAAGGGGCAGCUUGGAGAGUCUUGGAGAGCCUCUUCCUCAAUGUCCCCUUGCACAUCUCCUCAGAUCCUUACACCCCACCCCCCUCCCUGGGCUCAGGUCCCCAAAGGGGAUUCCCCCUCCAUUCCUAAGACUCCUGUCACCUCUGCCACUUGCCCCUGAGUUCCCAGGGGGCUUUGGACCCUAGGAAACCCUCAGAAGAUGAAGGGAGCAUGGAAGUGAGGGCAGUGAGUCCCAUCCAGCUCACACCUCGUGUUACUUAGUCCCUUACCACAGACUGGAGCAGGAGAGCCAGGCUCACUCACUCUGCUCGAAGGGCAGGAGCUGGAAGUUCAGAGGAAAUCCCCGCUCACUAUGGAAAGCCCCAGCCAGCCCCUGUCGCCACGCCAGGCAUGUGUCUUCUUGGUGGCCCUGGUCCCAAUGCCUGGGUUCCCCACAGUCUCUAGGGAGUGACGGAUGAGGUGCUCCGUGGACAAGUGAUCCUGUGGGGGAGACUCGUUCCUGGGGCCCCUGCCCACCCUUCUGUGCAACCCAUCACGCCACCAGGUUUCAAACCUUAAGUCAUUAA